CCUGGCUCAACUUUUGCUUUUCAUAGGCAAUUCAAAUGCAUUCAAGCACCCAUUCCUGUGACAACUUUCCGGAGUUGUGUAACUGUGUGACUGAGGAUCAUAAAUAUCAUAUAUUUGACCAGUACGUAAAGCAACACACCUUCACUGACGCAGACUCUUGCGUUGUUUAAACGCAGGUCCGAUUUCAGUCUGAGGGCUCUCUAAUGGCCUCUCAAAGCUGCAGGUCAUCCACAAAACCUCCCUCCUGCCGUCCUCUUUCGUCUGCGGGAACAUUGUGGUUUCUGUCAGUGAUUAUGACUGCGUACGCUUGCCCUAAGAUCUGUCACUGCACGGACAGGAAUGGUGUGGUGGUGCAGUGCACCUCACGCAACUUGGAGAACAUCCCGCCCAACUUGCCCAAGGACACCGUCGUUCUCUUGCUUUCAUCUAACCGGAUCAGACACAUCCCAAAGGAUGCCUUCACAGACCUUCACCGUCUCAGGGAACUGGACUUAUCUCACAACACCAUAGAGAGCAUGGAGGUCGGCGCCUUUCAAGGAAUUUCUGAGAGCCUGCGGACCGUGGAUCUUUCAAACAACCACCUCAGCAGCCUACCCAAGGACACCUUCACCAAGCUCCACGCGCGUGUCCGCCUGUCCCACAACCCCUGGCACUGCGAGUGCUCUUUGCAAGAGGUGCUGAGGGAGCUGAGGCUCGACCCCGAGACGGUGAACGAGGUCAGCUGCUACACGUCAGUGCAGGAGGAGUACGUGGGACAACCAGUCAUCCAAGUCCUGGACUCUGGGAUCAACUUUUGCAAUUUCCACCACAAGACGACAGACGUGGCCAUGUUUGUGGCCAUGUUCUGCUGGUUCUCCAUGGUGACUGCUUAUAUCAUUUACUACAUCAAACACAACCAGGAGGACGCCAGGAGGCACAUGGAGUACCUCAAGUCCCUGCCCAGUUCUUCUCACAUUAGCAAGGACUACGACACAGCCAGCAGUGUGUUUUAGUCUGUCUGAGGAAAGAUGCAACGUGUGAAUACAGAUGAAAAUGCACCAAUGAAUAUGUUUACGGCCUACAAGGAAUAUUGAGAAGUGACAGCUUUGCAGCGUGAUAAAACUCUCAAUGAUGGAUUGCACAAGGCACAAAACAGCUGAAAGAUGCUUGAAAAGUAGCACCAGAAUCUUUACAAAAGAGUGAAUUACUUUUUCAGCUUCCUAAAAAGUAACCUAGCAGGAAAAAUACUCAGAGGCUUAAAGCGGUCUCGAUUUGUUUUCCUUCCAUGAUAAGACAAAAGGUGGCACAUCAUUAUUUUUCACCAAAAAUAUUUUGUGCAAUGCAUAAAAAGCAUCUCAAAGGGAAUCUUCACUACAUCCCCAAUGCAUCUGAUGAUGUGGUUUAAGAGUUCACUGUGAAUUCAACCACUGAGUGAGGUGAACCUGGGAGCCACUUCGGUGUCAGUCAGAGUUCGGUGAAAUUAGGUAGCUGAAAAAUAAUCCCCAAAAGCUUGAGAAGGGGGAUAACUUGUAGAGAAAUAUUAUUUUUUAAGCUGUUUUUGUGAAA